AUGCUCCUCGAAGCAUACCUCGAGACGAAGUGGGCGGCUGAUUUGUCGAGGCGCGUUAACGGGCCGCAUCAUCCCGAUACGCUGCAUCUGCAAAGGGCGGCAGAGCUGCAAAAGAGUGCCGGCAACAUUCAGGAAGAGCUGCUCAAGAUGAUUGGUGAACCGGCCGUCCUGUCAGGUGAGGUUGUGACGUACAAGGGGCGCAUUCUCCACGAAGAUGGCUGUGAGUGCAUACCGGCUUUGGUUUACAUGCAGCUGAUCCACCGUCAGUGGUGCAAGAACGUGGAGUUCGCUGUCGCCCGCAACCAGAAGUUCGUCGCUUAUUUCUUUAACUUGUUGCUGCAAAGGAUUGGCAUUGAUGUCGAGUUCCGCGACGUGAAAGAGGAUUUCAUCCAUCGCUUUCUGUCCCAGGACUGUGUCCUCUUUGGCCGUUCUACGAUCUUCUACGUCUUCUUGCAGAAGGUGUCGCCAGAGGCCAAUGCAAAGACAUCAAAGACUUUCCAUGCGAUAGGAGUGGCCUUAGCAAAGGCCCAACCGUGCAAGUCUUUGCUGCAGGGGCUAAGUGCAAAAUUGCGCUCGCCGUACGACAUAGACAAGGCUGCCGGCUUCGGAGAGAGAGACUCAUACGGACAUACUGAGAAGUUGCGCCAUGUUGCGCCCAUGCAGGAAGAGUGGGAAGGUGGCCUCACCCAGAAGGUCGUCAACAGUAUCCUCGGAGAGGUGCACCUCUAUCGGCAUGGCGGUUCUGAGUCUACUCUGUUCAUUGAUGAGCACACAGUUUUCCUCAACGGCUGCACAUGCAUGGACUGUCCAGCAAACCCAUGCCAGAUGCGCUCAAUACAGGCUCGCACCGACGACCCCCUGGAACGAGAGCUUGCUCGGGUCUAUUGCAACCAGCUGCAAAGUCAGAAUCGCGACACGCAGGGCACCUUCAUGCUCCGGGCAUUCUUGCAGCGAGCAAAGCGAGCGCGACUGAAAGUGGACGAAGCGAACGAUCUGACGGCGUGCAUCCGCCCAAAGUCAGGCCUGCACUUCGAGUUGGCUUCACAGGUGCAAGCACUGGUUCUUGAUCAGUGA